AUGCAGGUGGCAUUCUGUAGACUUCGGACCCACCAAUGGUGCUUCAUCCUGUUUAAUGUCAUCCUAUUUCAUGCCUUACUUUUUGGAGCUGAUUUUGUGGAAGAAUACUUUUUGCAUUCUUUGCCUCAUGUAGAUAUGAAAAUUCUUGAAAUCAAGGACCAGGCAAGAAAAUUGAACAUGGAGCCCCAGAAAAGUAAUCUCUCCAAGUAUUACAUUCUUAAUCAGCCAGAAGUGUGUAAAGGGAAAAACAUUUUCUUGCUCUCUCUUAUCUUUAGUAGCCCAGGAAAUGGAACAAGACGAGACCUUAUCAGGAAAACCUGGGGUAGCAUGACCAAUAUCCGAGGGCACCUUGUGAUCACAUUGUUCGCUUUAGGGAUGCCUGUUUUGGUAACUACUCAGAAAGAGAUAGAUAAAGAGUCCUGGGAGGAUAAUGAUAUCAUUGAAGGGAUCUUCUUGGAUAGUUCUGAAAAUCAAACCCUGAAGAUGAUUGCCAUGACACAGUGGGCUGUGACUUUCUGUCCUAAUGCCCUGUUCAUUCUUAAGGUUGAUGAAGGGGUGUUUGUUAAUCUGCCAAGCCUGGUAGAUUACCUUCUCAAUCUGAAAGAACACCUUGAAGAUAUCUAUGUGGGCAGUGUUAUCCAUCAGGGUGCACCCAACAGAGACCCUCACCACCAAGAAUUUGUCUCUCUUAGUGAGUAUGCGGAAAGAUAUUACCCAGAUUACUGCAGUGGAGAGACCUUUGUAGUGUCUCAAGAAGUGGCUCGGAUGAUGUAUGUAGUUUUCAAAGAGGUCCCUGUUAGGGUGCCUGCUGAUGUCUUUAUAGGAAUGUGUGCAAAAUCCAUUGGCCUUAUUCCCAUGCACAGUUCAAGAUUCUCUGGGAAAAGACACAUCCGAUACAACAGAUGUUGCUACAAGUUCAUUUUUACAUCCUCAGAAACCACAGAUGCCGAAAUGUCCCUGGCGUGGAAGGAAAUUAAUGAUGGGAAGGAAUGUACACUGUUGGAGACUUACUAUGGGCUUAUAUCCUGCAAACUUCUGACAUAUCUUGAUAGCUUUAAACGUUCUCCCAUGAGCACCAUAGAAAGCAAUGUCCUGUAUGAUGAUGAUUAG